AUGCCUUACCUCUAUCGGGCCGCAGGGCCCCAGAAGCACCCAGUUCCCAAGGAUGCCCGCAUCACCCACUCCUCAGGCCAGAGCUUCGAGCAACUGAGGCAGGAGUGCGUGCAGAAGGGCGUGCUGUUUGAGGAUGCAGACUUCCCAGCCAACAGCUCCUCUCUCUUCUAUAGUGAGAGGCCCCAGAUCCCCUUCGUGUGGAAACGGCCAGGGGAAAUAGUGAAAAACCCAGAAUUCAUUCUCGGAGGGGCCACCAGGACAGAUAUCUGCCAGGGGGAGCUUGGGGACUGCUGGUUAUUAGCUGCCAUUGCCUCCCUGACGCUGAAUGACAACGCUCUGGCUAGAGUCGUCCCCCAGGACCAAAGCUUUGGACGCGGUUAUGCCGGAAUAUUCCACUUCCAGUUCUGGCAGCACAGUGAGUGGCUGGAUGUGGUCAUCGAUGACCGGCUGCCCACCUUCAGGGACCGCCUGAUCUUCCUCCACUCCGCCGACCACAGUGAGUUCUGGAGCGCCUUGCUGGAAAAAGCCUAUGCCAAGCUGAAUGGGAGCUAUGAGGCUCUGAAGGGGGGCAGCACCAUCGAGGCCAUGGAAGACUUCACCGGGGGUGUAGCAGAGACCUUUGCAACUAAAGAGGCUCCAGAGAACUUCUAUGAGAUUCUAGAGAAGGCCUUGAAGAGGGGCUCUCUGGUGGGCUGCUCCAUUGAUAUCAGAAAUGCUGCAGAAUCUGAAGCCCGGACACCUUUUGGUCUCAUUAAGGGCCAUGCCUACAGUGUGACAGGAAUUGACCAGGUAAACAUCCGAGGCCAGAAAAUGGAGCUCAUCAGAGUCCGGAACCCUUGGGGUCAGGCUGAGUGGAACGGGUCCUGGAGUGACAGUUCCUCCGAGUGGUGUUCCGUUGGCCCAGCCGAGCAAAAGCGCCUGUGUCACACGGCUCUCGACGACGGGGAAUUCUGGAUGGCAUUUAGGGACUUCAAGGCCCACUUCGACAAAGUGGAAAUCUGCAACCUCACUCCUGACGCCCUGGAGGAGAAUGCUCUCCACAAGUGGGAGGUGACGGUCCAUCAAGGAAGCUGGGUGCGGGGCUCCACGGCCGGGGGCUGCCGCAAUUUCCUGGAUACCUUCUGGACCAAUCCACAAAUAAAAUUGUCCCUGACUGAGAAAGAUGAGGGGCAGGACGACUGCACUUUCCUCGUAGCCCUAAUGCAGAAAGAUCGAAGGAAACUCAAGAGGUUUGGAGCCGACAUGCUGACCAUUGGCUACGCCAUUUACCAGAGCCCCGGCAAAGACGAACACCUGAACAAAGACUUCUUCAGGUACAACGCUUCCCAGGCCAGAAGCAAAACGUUCAUCAACCUGAGAGAAGUCUCCGACCGCUUCAAGCUGCCCCCUGGGGAAUACAUCCUGAUUCCCAGCACUUUUGAGCCCCAUCAGGAAGCUGAUUUCUGCCUGAGGAUCUUUUCAGAGAAGAAAGCCAUCACCCAGGACAUGGACGGGGACGUGGACAUCGACCUUCCGGAGCCUCCGAAGCCGACUCCAACUGGCCAGGAGACAGAGGAGGAACUGCAGUUCCGGGCCCUGUUUGAACAAGUUGCGGGUGAGGACAUGGAGGUGACAGCAGAGGAACUGGAAUAUGUUUUAAAUGCUGUGCUGCAAAAGAAAAAGGACCUCCAAUUCAAGAAGCUAAGCCUGAUUUCCUGUAAAAACAUCAUUUCUCUAAUGGAUACCAGUGGCAACGGGAAGCUAGAGUUCGGGGAGUUCACAGUGUUCUGGGACAAGCUGAAGAAGUGGACAAACCUUUUCCUUCAGUUCGACACUGACAAGUCGGGCACCAUGUCCUCCUACGAGCUGCGGAGCGCCCUGAAAGCUGCAGGCUUCCAGCUGAGCCAUCACCUCCUGCAGCUGAUCGUGCUCAGGUACGCGGACGAGGGGCUCCAGCUCGGCUUCGAUGACUUCCUCAACUGCCUCGUCCGGCUGGAGAACGCGAGCCGGGUGUUCCAGGCUCUCAGCACAAAGAACAAGGACGAGGAGUUCAUUCAUCUCAACAUAAACGAGUUCAUAAACUUGACAAUGAACAUCUGA